UCAGAGCGGCGCUUGUCCAUGUGAGCGCUGACGUCAGAGCGCUCUUCCUGCUAGGCUUCCAGCGCAAUGGCGUCGACGCGGCUGUUUCUGAGAGCUUCACCCGUUAAGUCUUCGUUAACCGGGUUAACCGGCGGCGUGCGCAGCAGUUUGGGGUUAACUCUGCUUAAACGGUCCCCUGACUGCACAGCCAAGCCGAAAGCGCAGAGGAGACAUGCAGCGCACUUCUCCUAUCACCCCGACCCUGCGCCUACUCAGUACGGCCCCACACAGAAGAUGAAUUUGUUCCAGUCUGUGACCAGUGCCUUGGACAACACGCUCGCCGGCGAUCCCACCGCAGUGAUUUUCGGUGAAGAUGUGGCGUUUGGUGGGGUGUUUCGAUGCACAGUCGGCCUCAGAGAUAAAUACGGUAAGGACCGUGUUUUUAACACCCCGCUGUGUGAGCAAGGCAUUGUGGGUUUUGGGAUCGGCGCAGCUGUGGCAGGAGCCACCGCUAUUGCAGAGAUUCAGUUUGCCGACUACAUUUACCCAGCGUUUGAUCAGAUCGUAAACGAAGCAGCCAAGUACCGGUACCGUUCGGGGAACAUGUACGACUGCGGGAAGCUGACCAUCAGAUCUCCGUGGGGCUGCGUGGGUCACGGCUCGAUCUAUCACUCCCAGAGUCCAGAGGCCUUCUUCGCACACUGUCCUGGAAUUAAGAUUGUUGUGCCGAGAGGUCCGGUCCAGGCCAAGGGUCUACUUCUGUCCUGCAUCACUGAUCAAAACCCCUGCAUCUUCUUUGAGCCCAAAAUCCUGUACAGAGCAGCAGUGGAGCAGGUGCCCACAGAAGCCUAUCAGAUCCCGCUCUCGCAGGCCGAGGUGCUGCAGGAGGGCAGUGACCUGACGCUGGUGGCCUGGGGAACACAGGUGCAUGUGCUGAGGGAAGUGGCUGCCAUGGCACAGGAGAAGCUAGGUGUCUCCUGCGAGCUCAUCGACCUACAGACCAUUUUGCCUUGGGACACAGAGACGGUUUGCAAGUCGGUGGUGAAGACGGGUCGGCUGCUCGUCAGUCAUGAGGCUCCGGUGACUGGAGGAUUUGCAGCUGAGAUCAGCUCUACGGUUCAGGAGGAGUGUUUCCUCAACUUGGAGGCUCCCAUCAGCAGGGUUUGUGGGUAUGAUACGCCCUUCCCUCACAUCUUUGAGCCCUUCUACAUCCCUGACAAGUGGAAGUGCUUUGAGGCUGUGAAGCGUAUGAUUAACUACUAAAGCACAGGCGACACAGAUCAAGAACUCGUCCUCCUCUACAUCAGUGAACAAACCAGUCAAUAACACCAUCACAGCUAACUAGGUUUCUACCUGUAGAUGGGACCAUGUUAAUGGACAGGCUGCCAUUUUUGGGAAACAUCCUUGAUCAUGUGUCUAGAAGAUGAAACGUGGUUUCUAAACACUUGACAUGUGGACAUCACACGGGUGCUGUGAUCUUCUGUCUGUACUCUCGCUGUUACCUGGAUGUCACCAUCUUCCGUUUAGUUUUUUGUUAUUUAAUUAAAACUUAAUUGAGGCCGGAUCUUGUGUGUUACUGUUUUAUUGGUGAGUUACUGAAUGUACCAUCCUGUUUGUUAAAUCUUUGAUUUUAAUUGAAUAAAUCAUCUCUGUUCAAAAA